AAACUUUUGCAUUUUACAGGUGACAUUCAAUAAACGUAAAUUUGGUGUUAUGAAAAAGGCCUACGAAUUGUCGGUAUUAUGUGACUGUGAAAUCGCCCUAAUCAUCUUUUCGUCCAGUAAUAAAUUAUAUCAAUAUGCCAGUACCGAUAUGGAUAAAGUUUUACUCAAAUAUACAGAAUAUAAUGAACCCCACGAAUCAUUAACUAAUAAAAAUAUUAUAGAGAAGGAAAACAAAAAUGGUGUCAUGUCACCCGACUCACCCGAACCAGAAGCCGAUUACACUUUAACACCCCGUACCGAAGCCAAAUACAAUAAGAUCGAUGAAGAAUUUCAAUUGAUGAUGCAUCGUACACAGAUGGCCGGUGGUGCAACAUCGGCACGUAAUAUGACAAAUGCCAAUUAUACGUUGCCAGUAUCGGUGCCAGUGGCGGGUGCUUAUGGUGAUAAUAUGCUACAGUCGAGUCCACAAAUGUCCCACACAAAUAUUAGUCCACGACCAUCGAGUUCGGAAACGGAUUCAGGUGGGAUGUCAUUGAUAAUUUAUCCAUCUGGUUCUAUGUUGGAGAUGUCCAAUGGUUAUCCUCAUUCACAUUCGCCGCUUGUUGGUUCUCCCAGUCCGGGUCCAAGUCCUGGUAUAGCUCAUCAAUUAAGCCAUAAACAACAAUCGCCGGGCAGUCAAAAUGGUAGAGCUUCCAAUUUACGUGUGGUUAUACCAGCGCCAUCAAUUGCUCAAAAUAUGUCCACCACAGAUGAGCUGGCAUAUGGAGAUCGUCACAAUCAAACAUCAUUAAAUACUCCUGUGAUGACAUUACAAACACCCAUACCAGCGCUUCAAGGUUAUCCUUUUGUACCACAAGAUUUCUCCAUGAGUACGUCCGAUGUCAUGAGUCUGCCCUCAUGGAGUACGCAUCAGGGUUUGGUACAUCAAUCGGGAAUAUCCCAUUUGUCGGUAUCAAACAGUACACCACCACCUGCCACCUCUCCCGUCAAUAUUAAAGUCAAAUCCGAGCCUCAAUCUCCGCCGCGUGAUCUCUCUGGUGGUCAUCAUCAGCAAAAUAGCAAUGGCUCUUCUCACACCAAUACAAAUGCUGCAAAUGCCAAUGGCAGUGGCGCCAAUAAUCACUCCAAUUUGGGUUCUAAUAAUCUAAAUAAUUCUCUGUCUAUUAGUACGCAUGGUUUAGGUGUGGGAGUUGGCGGUGGCGGUUCAGUUGGUGUUAUAGCGGGUACUAGUCCUGGUGGUGCUGGUGGCGGCGGCGGUGGUGGUAGUGGCGGUGGUGGUGCUUCAAAUUCUUCCUCGACUUCUAACGGUUCGGCCAAUGAUCAGGCCACCAAUUUAAGUGUUUUAAAUCAUACCCAGCAACAUUUGGUCAUGGCUGGCUCAAGACCAUCCUCAACGGGUCAUUUAACACCGACGCCUGGCAUAGAUAAAUAUGAAGGUUAUCCCUAUCGGUCACAACUGGGUCAGAAUUCUAGAUUAUGGAAUUUUGGUUCUGUGACGCCCAGUAAUAUACCCUCACCCGAUAUGCGUUUAAAUGACAUGCAAAAAGCGGUUAGUCAGCAACAACAACAACAGCAGCAGCAUCAACAGCAGCAGCAACAACAACAGCAAUUAAGUGACUAUGAUGGUGGUAAUCAGGCACAUAAAAGGCCCAGAAUAUCGGGCGGCUGGACAACAUAGCCAAAUGAAAAUAAUAGUAAUAAUAAUAAUAGUAAUAAAACUAUAGUAGAAAAUUAUCAUCAUAGCCAUCAUCAUCAUCAGCAGUCACAGCAACAACAACAACUUCAGCAACAAUUUCAUAACAGUAAUAAUAAUAAUGAUAACA